AUGAGCGCGUCCCAAGAGCAGGAGACACCUCUGAGGGACCCCGCCAGCACUUUCUUCCAGUCUGACCGUGUACGAAGACUGAUCAUUGCGUCGUACUGGGUCGUUAUCCUACUCGCAACGCCAUUGUGGUGGCAUACGACCAGUAUCGAGCGUCUCUCACUACCAACUGCUCAGGUUCAAUACCAGGCCAAGACGCUUUUAUCCUUCCCUAUCGCAAUACGACUGGACCCUUCUCUAGUGCAAGAUGAUCCCUCAAUAACCGGAAAGCUACAGCAGUUUUUCGACACAAAAGGUGGGCAGUGGAGCGGGCUAUCCAUCCACGUUGAAGUAGGCAGCGAAGCGGGUAUGUUAUCAUGGUCAGCGAUACGGUUCGUUUCUCACGAAUCGUCAAGACUCUUUGAACAUCCCUGGCACGUAUUCCUACCCCACCUAGCAGACAUUCUUGCUACUCUUCUUGUUCCAUAUUCUUCAGAUCCUGAUCGAGAAUACCGUAUCGCUCAAUAUUCGCCUCGUUUCCGUCUCUCGUUUACCCUACUUAAUGAAGAUGCGGCAGCCGGUCAAGUUAUCACUGGCUGGGAUCUUACGAAUGCCAUACGCCACCAUGUCGAUCCCAUAGUAACAGCUCUAUCCAUUUUGCAUAAUUUCACCAUUGAAAGUCAGGUACAAUUUCACGCGCCGCUUGCUUUCAAGCCACAGGCUCUCGACAACGAGUCGUUUGGCUUAACUCCGGAGGAUUUGACUGUCUUCAUUAAUUCUGCCGAGUGGACGCUAUCUUCCAGCUCUUCAAACGAUCCAGUACUUCAUUUUGUGCUUUUUGUUCCUUCAAGUGUGCGCAAACCCCUCGUAAUACUAAAUCCGGAUGGGUCGCUUUCACAUUCCAACUCCUUCCUCAUUCCUCAAUGGGGAGGUGUGAUGAUAUACAACCCAUCUGAUGAUUCCUCGCCACACAGAUAUCUGUCUUCAGCGGAUCUUGACACUCUGUUUCCGGCCUUCUCGAAUCAGCUUCUCGCGUUGCUUGGUGUUCCAGGUCUUCACGCCGACGUCAGAAUUUCUCCUGACGACAACUCGUUGCUUUCAGAUUGGCAGUUGGACGCCCUACUGCGCCGGCGAGCUUUUGAGAACGAUCAAGGAGCCAAAGACACACUGCGUAGCACUGUGAAACUGGUUGAUCAAAUCGAAAACAUGCCUGUCGGUCAGGUUGUACGGGAUGACGUGUGGGACGCCCUGUCUGCGCUGAAAAAGAUGCAUUUCGUCUCCGCAAAUUCUCUUGUUGAAACAAUGCGUCUGUCUGCUGACGCCGCAACCCAUGCCUCUCGCGCUUUCUUCAAUCCAGGGAUGUUAGCGUUGCUGUACUUCCCUCCUGAACACAAGUAUGCCGUCUACACGCCUUUAUUCGCUAGUGCAAUGAUACCUCUUAUUGCAGCCGCUCUGCGAGAGUUUUUGGCUUGGAGGCGGCAGCAUCAACAGGUGGCAAACACUUAGACACGGUGGUGAUUUAUGACUCUGGCUCUAAGCGUAAUUGGAAUUGGCGUAUUGGCCGGCUAUUCGGCGUGUUU